AACUGUAGUGCAGACUGGCCAGUGCUCGAGCGCUGCUUUCACUGCUCCAUCACUUCAAUGACUGCUCCUUCGCGGCUCAAUGUAAAUUCAUGAUCUCGGCGACCUCCGUGGUCGCUUUUUACUGUACGGACACUUUUUUGUUGCUCCCUCGUCUCGUCAAACCAUCUAUAUUUUUUGCAGCAGCCAGAAAACUUCAAGCAGCUGUGAGCAACUUUCCGUCGCCCUGUGAGGUGAAGAAUGCAUUAGCUCGCUCAGCUAGCAGCAGCUUUCUUCUUCGGCUUUCCAGCAUCUAGCGCUGUUUCUCGUGGGCUUUGUGAUGUUUUUCCGUGUCUCCAGUCGUGAACUAACCCUCAUGGAUUAGCUGAAUGAUUUCCCCCUCGUAAAUGAAAGGAAAAUAACGGAAAGGUUUAGUUUAAGUGCCUGAGCUGUGGUGAGGAUGAGUAGCAAGCGGAGUCUGUUUGUGCGGUUGGUGCCGUGCCGCUGCCUGCGGGGCGAGGAGGAGACCGUCACCACACUGGACUACUCACACUGCAGCCUUGAGCAGGUCCCUAAAGAGAUCUUCAGCUUCGAGAAGACCCUGGAGGAGCUCUACCUCGACGCCAAUCAGAUCGAGGAGCUGCCCAAACAACUUUUCAACUGCCAGUUGCUCUACCGAUUGAGUCUACCGGACAACGACCUAACAGUUUUGCCACCGGGCAUCGCAAACCUCAUCAAUCUCAGGGAGCUCGACGUCAGCAAGAAUGGCAUCCAGGAGUUUCCUGAAAAUAUCAAGAACUGUAAAGUCCUGGCCAUCGUAGAAGCGAGCGUGAACCCCAUAUCAAAGCUCCCAGAAGGCUUCACACAGCUCCUCAGCCUGACCCAGCUCUACCUGAACGAUGCCUUCCUUGAGUUUCUACCAGCCAGCUUCGGCAGAUUAACCAAACUGCAGAUUCUAGAACUGCGGGAGAACCAGUUAAAGAUGUUGCCAAAGAGCAUGCAUAAGCUCACGCAGCUGGAGCGUCUGGAUCUGGGCAGUAAUGAGUUCACUGAAGUGCCUGAAGUAUUGGAGCAGCUCACGGGAAUCAGAGAGCUGUGGAUGGAUGGGAAUAAGCUGACAUUUGUACCAGGGAUGAUUGGGGCGCUGAAGCAGCUUUCCUAUCUGGACGUGUCCAAAAACAAUGUGGAGAUGGUGGAGGAGCAGAUAUCGGGCUGUGAAAACCUGCAGGAUCUGCUGCUGUCCAACAAUGCUCUGACCCAGCUGCCAGGAUCUAUAGGCUCCCUGAAAAAACUAAGCACUCUGAAGGUGGAUGAUAACCAGCUCAUGUACCUGCCUGACACCAUAGGCGGACUCUUGCAUCUGGAUGAGCUGGACUGCAGCUUUAAUGAAAUCGAGGCUCUGCCGUCCUCCAUCGGCCAGUGUGGAAAUCUGCGGACGUUUGCUGCUGACCACAACCUGCUCGCACAGAUGCCUUCAGAGAUGGGCAGCUUGAAGAACGUCACCGUUCUCUUCCUGCACUCAAACAAGCUGGAGAAUCUGCCGGAGGAGAUGGGCGACAUGCAGAAACUCAAGGUCGUCAAUCUCAGCGACAACAAGCUGAGAAACCUUCCAUACAGCUUCACUAAACUCAAUCAGAUGACCGCGAUGUGGCUGUCUGAAAACCAGUCGAAGCCCCUCAUUCCCCUGCAGAAAGAGGAGGAUCCGGAGACGCACAAGAUUGUACUGACGAACUACAUGUUCCCUCAGCAGACCAGAACUGAGGAAUACGUGCCCAACUCUGACAGUGAGAGCUUUAACCCGUCUCUGUGGGAGGAGCAGCGUAAGCAGCGAGCGCAAGUGGCAUUCGAGUGUGACGAGGACAAGGAUGAGAGAGAAAUGCCGCCGCGGGAAGGCAAUCUGAAGCGAUACCCCACACCAUACCCUGAUGAACUGAAGAACAUGGUGAAAACAGCUCAGUCCGUGGCACAUAGACUUAAAGAGGAUGAGUCUGGGGAUGAGGCUGGAAAAGAGCCCAGGGUCAGCGAGAGGAACCAUAUUGGAGUGCAGGACGUUGGAGUGAAGGUAAUUGAAAGUCCUUGCACCAAUGGCAAACCUGCUGAAAUGGAGCCUAAAGCAACGAUGAACAGCAAUCACAAUUACGAACCGAUAGAUUCAGUAGACAACCACAGCAUUGAGAGAAUCCCUCUCAAGACUUCAGACAACAUGAGAGCUAUGGUGAACCAUGAUGACACGCUUGAGGACUCGGAGGAGCUGUCGUCUGAGGAGGAGGAAAUGAAGAUAGCCGAAAUGAGACCUCCACUUAUUGAAAUCUCCAUUAAUCAGCCCAAAGUAGUGGCCCUUAGCAAGGACAAAAAAGAUGAUGGGAAGGAUGCAGAUUCUUUGCUGGAUGAGACGGUGGCCAACAGUAACCAGAACAACAGCAACUGCUCUUCACCCUCACGCAUGUCUGAUUCAGUGUCCUUGACCACAGAUAGCAGUCAGGACAAUUCCCUCUGCACCCCAGAGAGGGAGUCAAAGAUGCCUCUCAUUCCAAAACAUGGACAAGAGGAUGAAAACCUCAACCAGUUGAAGCAGAUGACCCCUCUACUCCAGAACUGUAACGGCUCUGAAACAUCCCUACAGACCAUCCUGAAGAACCAGCAGAGCUACGAAAGCAAGUCAGACCAGAUGGCCGACUACAGUUUCUCCAUGGAGGAGAGAUUAGCCCUCAUUGAAAAGGGCAUAAACAAUGGUGUGACUGACCAGUACAGCAAGUGGGAUCAGAUCAACAUGAAUGUGGCCAAACUCUCACCUGACAACAUGUUGGCUUAUGAGGAAUUGGAAAGAACAAAGAGUCCCCCAGCCAAGGAGACCAUGUCGAGCAACAACAAUGCCAUGGUGUCACUCGAGAACCUUGAGAAUGGCAAUCGGCUUCAGAAAACCCAGUCUGGGGAGAAUUUCAAUAGCCGAACGGAUCAAGUUCCCUUGCGGUAUGAGUCUGUGAGGACCGUCUCAACAGGUGUAACCGCAUUAAGCGAUAUGAGUCUUUCUCGUAGCACAGAGGAGUUGUCGCCCGAGAAGAAAUGUCCACCAGCCCCAGUGGUGAAAUCUCAGAGCAUGGCUAAUAUGGAUGGUGGAGGUAUGAAGCUGUACUCCAUCGAGGGAGAAAGCCCCCCAUAUGAAGUGGCAUGUGCAAGCAGAACCUCUGUAGCAGGGGCUCAGGGCCAGAGCAUUGUCCGCUCCAAAUCUGCCUCCUUGCUCAAUGACCAGCCUUUGCAGAUCUACCCUGGUUCUUCAGCUUCAUCUUCUGACUUGCUGUCCAGCUCUAAACCUCCGGUAAGCAGCGCUCGCUACCCUGCCGGCCCCCCACCACAGUAUAACAUCCAAUAUGCCAGCAGCAAUGUGCCCAAAGAUAACCUGUGGAGCCAACGUACGCCUGUACCUCCUGACCAGCCCUACAUGCCACCACAGCACUCCCUCGCCAACACCAACUUCUCCAACCGCAACAACGCCCCUCCAUACCCACAGCCACAACAACGUGGCCCGCCCAAGACCCCAGAUAUGUGGGCCAAGGAAAGAAUGCUCCCCCAAGUUGGCCAGCGUGGCACGUUACAAAGACAGGGUAGCGGAUCCUCUGGCAACCCCAUGUGCAUGCCGGACCCACGCCGCAUACCAGGAAUGGAAGGAGAGUACAUGACCUACCGAGACAUUCAUGCAGCAGGACGGGGGCCCCUGCAGAUGAGCCAGGCUCUUCACAGACCUUUGUCCGCUCGCACAUACAGCAUGGAUGGACCCAAUGCUCCUCGACCACAGAGUGCCCGGCCCCCGCCUCACGAGGUUCCAGAGAGGACCAUGUCCGUCAGUGACUUCAACUACCAGCAGGGCAGCCCCACCAAGAGAUCCAACAUGAGGGUGAAGUCCGAGCACUCAUUGCUGGAUGGGCCAGUUGGUGGAGGCGGCCGAGUUCCAGCUGACUGGAGGGAUCAGGUCAUGAGACACAUUGAAGCCAAGAAGAUGGAGAAGAGCAUUCUGUCUCGGUCUUUGGCCAAUCUCAAUGGCAGUCAGAGCUCUCUGGCCUUUAGCGCUGUAGACGGAUGGCAGAUUGGAGCUCAUGGGCCAAGCGACGACGUCUUCAGUCCUCAUGGACAACAGGGCUACCAUAUCGACACUCUCAGAAAAGUGCCUUUGAUGAAUGGCCAAAUGUGUCCUCCUGUCAGAUCUCCAAUGAGCUGCACUCAGCCACCAAUGGCACGACACCCUUCACGAGAGCAGCUCAUCGACUAUCUGAUGCUCAAAGUGUCCCAGCAGCCCCCGGGGCCUCAGCGGGUCCCACACGAGACACUGCAACAGGAGGUUCAUGUGAAGAUUGAGAAGAAUCCUGAGCUGGGUUUCAGCAUAUCAGGAGGCAUCGGUGGUCGUGGGAAUCCUUUCCGUCCAGAUGACAAUGGUAUCUUCGUGACGAGGGUUCAGUCUGAGGGACCUGCUUCAAAACUCCUUCAGCCUGGAGACAAAAUCCUCCAGGCAAACGGAUACAGCUUUGUCAACAUCGAUCACGGACACGCAGUCUCCCUCCUGAAGACAUUCCCUAACACUGUCGAUCUGAUCAUCAUUCGAGAGAUGGCCGCAUAACAGAGGAAACCAUCUUAUUUUUGUACCGAGAGGAGACAAUGCUAUAUAUAGUCAAUUUGUACUGAUGAAAACAGAUGUUUGACCGCCGGUGAAAAGGGGCGAAACCACUGCAUCCAGUGGCAGACGGACAGUGUCUGAACGCAUGCGCCUUCACUGUGGCAUAGCCUGUCGGUUCACUCAAACCGAUAAGAAAACCUGUGCUUUUUGUAAAGAUAGUUUUUGAUUUUCCUUUUUAAAUGCAUCAUCUGGGUAGAGUUCAUGUGGGACGUUUAGCUGUAGCGGAGCGUUUGAGGGCAGGGCUCUCUUAUCACGUCACAUCUCACUUUGGGUAAUUUUAUCGUUUAAAAGAAAUUUUUAAAACCACUUUUAUGAGCUGUGUGAGAUUUUCGAGCUAGAAGACAAUGCUACGUGCUAACUGUGGUUAAUGAAUGUAGAACUGGGGUGAACUAAACUGAACUGGAUGUGAAACCUGUUGUGAAGAAAAACAAAAAUUUGGAAAAAAGUCGUCUGGAAUGUUCCUUCAAGCGAUAUAACUUUCACCAAACAAAACUGGACAACAAACUUUAGCCCAGAUUCCACCUGUGCUACGAAUGCGCUGAAAAAGCUCCCUGUAUGUGAAAAAUGGACCGGAAUGGUGCAAAAUUGGGGAUUUCGAAAGAGAACACGAGGUGCAAGGACACAGAAAGUGGUUCAAGCUCUCUUAACCAAAGCAUUUUGGGACACUGUGGCUGGGCAGCAUGAAUCUGCUGGCAUGUCAACUUAUUUUUACUUCCACGACAACACUCAAUUCAAAUCACUCCCAGCAUUCAUGCUCAAACAUAGUUUUCUUAUUUCAUUUUGGAACGGUUUUUCUAUUCUGUGAAGAAGAUUGUAGACAUACUAUUUUAUUCUCUUACGGAAACGUUCUAACAUUUGACUAGCGUUGCAGUCAUGCUUUUGGAGGCUUCGACGCAGGGCUGAGAAAACGAUAUGUCAAGUGCCAUAGACCCUGAACUGUCAGAUAUGGGUUCGACCCAGAGCAAUACUCCUACCGAUCCAUGUCGCGAAUUCAGAGGCCUUAUAGGGCUGACGAAUGACACAGUGGGCAAAAGAGCAAUAGAAAGUCCUUUAUUCCAUUCGCAGGAUGCAGUCAGUUGCGUUUUUGUUUGUUUGUUUUUUAUAAAUGAAAGUAUCCCAUUUAGUAUUUCUCGAUUGAUACAGCGUUUUAUAUUGUAAAUCUUUUAAAGAUGAACACAUAGGAAAUGGCAUUAGAUUUUUUUGUAAAAAAAAAAGUUCGUAAAGCCUAAAUAGUGUACGAAUGUCCUGUCACGUCAAAUUAGCGAUUGCACUGCUGUUUCCAAACACCCCAUGAAGAUUAUUGUAACAUUAUAUAUGUGGAUGCAUCAACUUUUUUUUUAUAGCAAAAAUAUUUUAAACAGUGUCAAGCGAAAGCAAAAACGUCAGUCGUAAUGUUUGUAAUUGAUAAAAUAGUCACGUUGAAAGGCCAUGAAUGAUUUAUUUGUCUGCAUAUGUGAACGACCCACUGUUGAUUGUAGUACUGUGUGUAUUAUUUGCAUGAAACUUCUCUUUUUGAUCGUUCUUCACUGUAUGCUUGACUGAGUCGACGUAAUCAGAUUAACUUACUGAUAAUGUGACAAAUGCGUAAUUUGAAGAGAACUCAAAACGUCAUUCGAAAUCGAUUCCAUAUUGGUCAAACAUGUGAUUUAUAAUUAGCUCUGAUUCUUCAAGUAUGUUCAAUUGGAAGUCAGGAUUGUCACUUAAAUGGAUAGCUCACCCAUCUAAGAUUCAGAUGUUGUUUUAGUAGUACAUUACAGAUAUUGGGUAAAAACGUAAUAUAUUACAAUCUUUAAUCUAUUUUAAUCCUUAAAAAAACAAAGCAAUAGUAACUUGACACAAAUUUUCACAUUUUUUUUUUACCUAAAUACCUAAGUAACACUUUUAGUUAAUUUUGAAAAAAUAAAACUGACUUAAGAUUGUAAUAUAUUACUUUUAAAAGUAGUUUUACCCAGUACUGAUCACAGAAUACUUUUAAAUGAAACUUUGGUCCUUGGUGAUUCAUAUAAUGCAUGUAAAUUUCUAUAUAGGGAACUUUGAGAGUCAAAAAACAUAUAGGCAAAACAAAAUGAAUUCUCUUGACUAUACAGGACCCUUGAACGUUUAAGUUUAUGCUGUUGUAACUAAUAAUCAAUUCCUGACACUGAUUGAUUGAUUCCCUUUUUAAUUCCUCAUUGAGUCAUCAGGAGCAAAGGGUAUUAAUGUUACCUAUAUUUAUUUUUCGACUGUCAAAGCACCAUAUAUAGCCAUUUACUUGCAUUAUAUGAAUCACCAAAGACAUUUUCAUCUGAAAAUCUUUUUUGAUGCUCUACUGCAGAAAAAAAAAGUCUCCCAUAUAGGCUGAAAGAUUAACAGCUAGUGUCUAUUUUUGGGUGAGCUAUCCAUUUAUAGUGUAUAAUGUUAAUAGUUAAAACUACACUCCUCAACUUUGCUGUGAAUGCUUUGUGUAAUGCAAUGUUUCUGUGGAUGCUGUUCCUUCCAUUUUGUCACAAAUCAGUCUAGCGUAGGUCCUUCGACUGUCACUUUCUUAUUUUAUUUUGUCUGUAUAGACAUUGUAAAAUCAUAACAACAGUGACUAAAGUAAACUGGCGUUUUAUUUUUUUAAAUGUCCCACCUUAUUUAUUUAGCAUACUUUACUCUGAUAUUUCGAGAUUACUAAUCAAAAUGUAAAUACUUUUUUAAAAAAGGUCUAUGAUUUGUUCAUGACAUUAGUGAUUACGUCUUUUAAGAAACCAGCAAUAAUUUGCAUCACAGAAGCAGCCCUAUUAAUGUAUAGCUAUGUCAAAAGAUCCUCCACAAGCAGCUACUAUUAAGAUGAUCGGUAUGCAUUUAUUCAACAUUCCAGAUUUUGUAAAUAAAUUUGCUUUCCAUGGUGUCCUGUGGAAAGAAUAAACCAACUAAUGCUCUUUCAAAA